CCAUCCUGGAUGAACUGCACUACCUGAGCCACUUGUGUGGGUUGUAGACUCCGUCUCAUGCUACCACUAGAGUGAGAGCACCGCCAGCAUUCAAAAGUGACCAAAACAUCAGCCAGGAAGCAUAGGAACUGAGAAGUGGUCUGUGGUCACCACCUGCAGAAUCACUCCUGUUUUGGGGGGUGUCUUGCUAAUUGCCUAUAAUUUCCACCUUUUGUCUAUUCCAUUUGCACAACAGCAUGUGAAAUUUAUUGUCAAUCAGUGUUGCUUCCUAAGUUGACAGUUUGAUUUCACAGAAGUGUGAUUGACUUGGAGUUACAUUGUGUUGUUUAAGUGUUCCCUUUAUUUUUUUGAGCAGUGUAUUUUCAUUGCACUUGACAUAUUUCAGGAAAUUGAAAUUGCUUUUGGAAAGUCAGUUGGUAUGGAAUGCCUCGAAGUGACUGAAUUUAAGUGGAAUUGAUCCCAACCCGAGUUAUAGUAAGGUGUGUAGCACCCACGGCGAUACUAUAUACUUGAAUACUUAUUACAUUACAUACGUUUCUGUUCAAUUGUUAUCAUUUAAUUAUAUGGAAGCACCACUUGAGCCAGGAGUCUAAAGACACAAUGGAAACGUCAUUACCUCUGUUUCUCACUUAUCCCAUAACACCAGGAUUGUCCUCUCCACAGGAGAGACUAUGGGGGCUUUUAUGACCAGCAUCCAGACAGACAGAUUAGCUAAUCGAAUACUUACCCAUACUUUAACAAAAGCCUUUACCAAACCCUUAACCCUAUUCAUUUACAAAGUUCUCUUCCAGAAAUGACAUUUUUUGUUUAAACUGACCGGUUUUGUAUUAUAGGGACUGUAGUGAGUGGACUGGACCCUGGUUUUAUGGAUGCACAAACUGAUGCGUUCUAACUGCAGGUGAUAUUGGGAGAGUAUGUACAUUAUCCUGUGCUUGCUACAUGGCCGCAUGUACUCUUAAAUCUCUACCUGGCCACGAAUCGGAGCCUGGUUCCUCUCUAGGUUUCUUUCUAGGUUCCUGCCAUUUAGGGAGUUUUUCCUCACUACUUUGCUUCUGCCUCUGCAUUUCUUGCUCUGUGGGGUUUAGGCUAUGUAACUACUGUAACUGUAAAGCACUUUGACAACUGCCGAUGUACAUUUGAGUAGAAUUUGAGCAGGAUGGCUUACUACCUAUGUGUUUUUCUUCUUAGAUUUGUUUUAAAUUAGUUUUUAUUUUUAGAUAUUCUGAUCUGUGCACUUUAAGAUCCUAUUCUGGAUGUUUUAUUUUCUUACCUUUGAUAUUGAACAGUGCAUUGUUGAGGAAGAGCUUUUAAGUAAGCAUUUCGCUUGAUUGUUUUAGAAUUUACACCUGUUAUAUCCUGUGCAACAGACAAAAUAAACUUUGAUUUGAUGUUCCAGGAGGAAGCCAAGAGCUUCGUCACCCAGGAGAACCAUGACUAGCGUAUUAUGGAAUCCCUGGACAACCCUAAGAACUAGAACUUUGCAAUCGACACAGAUGGCCACGUGGUGAAGAGGACUGUGCUGCAGCGAGGGAGACUGCAGUGAGGUAGACACUGCAGCACAGUCAUCUUCACCACAUGGCCAUGUUUGUAGAGGGAUGGCUUCUUCUUCUAUGAGGUUAAACGGCGGUUGGCAUCCAAUUUGUUGCAUUACCGCCACCUACUAGACUGGAGUACAACUCCCUUAUACUUUACUUGGAAAAUAAAAAUUUACUAAAUAAAUACCCUACCAUCUAACACUACACUCACUCAUUUCAAAAUGAUAUGAAAUGAAAUUAACACCCCCCCCUACUCCACUAAUUAAAUGUAUUUAUUCCUACCUCAUGCCAUCACCCUGAAAAGAUGGAACAUCAUCACUUAACACAUUCUGUAACGCUUCUGCUGUCAAGUCUCGCACACCCAAAUACCUCUGCAGCUGCCACCACAACCUCCAUUUCCUGAGACUUCUGAUCCAUUCCUGCAGUACGAUUGAUAACCAUUGCUAAAAAUGCAAAAAAUCCGAUCUUACUGAAACUUAUUUCACUUUUUGGCCUAUCCCUCUAUACUGAUAUCUCUACUACUCUCACCACUCCUCCCCCUUAACCCAUCAAACUCUACUUUCUUCACUGCCUCAGCAUUUGACAACUUCUGCUCUACUCUAACCCUGGAAACCUCAACCUGCCUCUCUCACACGGGACAUUUCUGAUCCCCAGCACCAUGGGCACCACAUACCACUUCUUUCCCCAAGGCUACACAUUCCUUUGUCUCAUGCCCUUCUGCACAUUUCUCACACAUUGGACCCUCCCUCCUACACACUGCUGCCACAUGCCCAUAAACUUGACACCUGUAACAUCUUAAUAUAUUCGGCACAUACGCUCGUACAGGAUAACUUAUAUAUCUUUGUCAGGCAAAGACUCAACUUUAAAACUCAAAAUAACAGACAAUGACUCUUAUGUUUCCCCACUCUCGCCACCCUGUCUGCGUCGCGUCGCAUCAAACGAUGAGCAUCACAUAUGUAACCGGUGUGAAAUGGCUAGCUAGUUAGCGGGGUGCGCACUAAUAACGUUUCAAUUGGUGACGUCACUCGCUCUGAGACUUGAAGUAGUUGUUCUCCUUGCUCUGCAAGGGCCACGACUUUUGUGGAGCGAUGGAUAACGGUGCUUCAAGGGUGACUGUUGUCGAUGUGUGCAGAGGGUCCCUGGUUCGAGACCAGGUAGGGGCAAGGAGAGGGACGGAAGCAAUACUGUUAUACAUACACCGGGAAUCUUUGCCCUCAGCUGGUCAACGUUUAUAUCUACUGUUACCCCAGUUAUCACUCCUUUCAUUGGUGCCCUUUUCUUGAGAACGAAACAAUUCACUUUUCUUGCCCCCAUUUAUUUUACUUCGAGCUCAUUCUUCCUCUGCCCAACAGAAACACAAACAAUUAUCACUAGACAACUUCUAGUUACCCUCACCGAUUCCACAUGACCCAACUCUUUUUUUUCACCCCCCCCAAAAAACACAAAUGGACCAGCCAAAAGGCAAGAGUCCACUUUUUCCAUAAACUUCACUCCUACUGUCACAGACUCUUCUUCAACCUGAUCCUCUGUGCAUACCUCAGUCUCCGAUGACUUUACCGCACCGCACCUAUCAAAUCAAAUUUUAUUUGUCACAUACACACGGUUAGCAGAUGUUAAUGCGAGUGUAGCGAAAUGCUUGUGCUUCUAGUUCCGACAAUGCAGUAAUAACCAACGAGUAAUCUAACCUAACAAUUCCACAACUACUACCUUAUACAUACAAGUGUAAAGGGAUAAAGAAUAUGUACAUAAAGAUAUAUGAAUGUGUGAUGGUACAGAACGGCAUAGGCAAGAUGCAGUAGAUGGCAUCGAGUACAGUAAAUACAUAUGAGAUGAGUAAUGUAGGGUAUGUAAACAUAAAAGUGCAUAGUUUAAAGUGGCUAGUGAUAUAUGUAUUACAUAAAGAUGGCAAGAUGCAGUAGAUGAUAGAGUACAAUAUAUACAUAUACAUUAUAUUAAGUGGCAUUGUUUAAAGUGGCUAGUGAUACAUUUUUGAUAAAUUUCCAUUAUUAAAGUGAGCUGGAGUUGAGUCAGUAUGUUGGCAGCAGUCACUUGAUGUUAGUGGUGGCUGUUUAACAGUCUGAUGGCCUUGAGAUAUAAGCUGUUUUUCAGUCUCUUCGUCCCUGCUUUGAUGCACCUGUACUGACCUCGCCUUCUGGAUGAUAGCGGGGUGAACAGGCAGUGGCUCGGGUGGUUGUUGUCCUUGAUGAUCUUUAUGGCCUUCCUGUGACAUCGGGUGGUGUAGGUGUCCUGGAGGGCAAGUAGUUUGCCCCCAGUGAUGCGUUGUGCAGACCUCACUACCCUCUGGAGAGCCUUAUGGUUGUUGGCGGAGCAGUUGUCGUACCAGGCGGUGAUACAGCCCGACAGGAUGCUCUCGAUUGUGCAUCUGUAGAAGUUUGAGUGUUUUCGGUGACAAGCCAAAUUUCUUCAGCCUCCUGAGGUUGAAGAGGCACUGUUGCACCUUCUUCACCACGCUGUCUGUGUGGUUGGACCAUUUAAGUUUGUUUGUGAUGUGUACGCUGAGGAACUUAAAACUUUCCACCUUCUCCACUACUGUCCCGUUGAUGUGGAUAGGGGGGUGCUCCCUCUGCUGUUUCCUGAAGUCCACGAUCAUCUCCUUUGUUUUGUUGACGUUGAGUGUGAGGUUAUUUUCCUGACACCACACUCCGAGGGCCCUCACCUCCUCCCUGUAGGCCGUCUCAUCGUUGUUGGUAAUCAAGCCUACCACUGUAGUGUCGUCUGCAAACUUGAUGAUUGAGUUGGAGGCGUGCAUGGCCACGCAGUCAUGGGUGAACAGGGAGUACAGGAGAGGGCUGAGAACGCACCCUUGUGGGGCCCCAGUAUUGAAGAUCAGUGAGGUGGAGAUGUUGUUUCCUAUCCUCCCCACCUGAGGGCGGCCCGUCAAAGUCCAGGACCCAGGGUCUUGAGCUUAAUGACGAGUUUGGAGGGUACUAUGGUGUUAAAUGCUGAGCUGCAGUCAAUUAACAGUAUUCUUACAUAGGUAUGCGUCUUGCUCAGAUGGGUUAGGUUAGUGUGCAGUGUGAUUGCGUUGUCUUUGGACCUAUUGGGGCGGUAGGCAAAUUGGAGUGGGUCUAGGGUAUCAGGUAGGGUGGAGGUGAUAUGAUCCUUGACUAGUCUCUCAAAGCACUUCAUGAUGACAGAAGUGAGUGCUACGGGGCGAUAGUCGUUUAGCUCAGUUACCUUAGCUUUCUUGGGAACAGGAUCAAUGGUGGCCCUCUUGAAGCAUGUGGGCACAGCAGACUAAGAUGGGGAUUGAUUGAAUAUGUCCGUAAACACACCAGCCAGCUGGUCUGCGGAUGCUCUGAGGACGCGGUUAGGGAUACCGUCUGGGCCAGCAGCCUUGCGAGGGUUAACAUGUUUAAAUGUUUUACUCACGUUGGUCACGGUGAAGGAGAGCCCACAGGUUUUGGUAGCGGGCCAUGUUAGUGGCACUGUAUUGUCCUCAAAGCGAGCAAAGAAGUUGUUUAAUUUGUCUGGGAGCAAGACGUCGGUGUCUGCGACGGGGCUGUUUUUUUUUUUUUGUAAUCCGUGAUUGUCUGUAGACCCUGCCACAUACAUCUCGUGUUUGAGCUGUUGAAUUGCGACUCUGUCUCUAUACUGACGCUUGGCUUGUUUGAUUGCCUUGCGGAGGGAAAAGCUACACUGUUUGUAAUUAGUCAUGUGUCCGGUCACCUUACCAUGAUUAAAAGCAGUGGUUCGCCUUGUUUUCAGAUUAGCUUUGUUAAAAUCCCCAGCUACAAUAAAUGCAGCCUCAGGAUAUAUGGUUUCCAGUUUACAUAGAGUCCAGUGACGUUCUUUCAGGGCCGUCAAGGUAUCUGCAAUGUAGUCGGGCAGGAACGCAACCCUUAUAAGUUUUACAGCCCACCGCACAGGGUAAUGUCCUGACGGGAUACAGCUUUGGUCAAAUUGACAUCAAAAGUUUAUUUUUUUGAAUUUUAGCUAACCCUAACUCUUUCCCUAACCUUAGGAAACCCUCUCCCAAUUGACUACAUUAAAAUAGUGAUAGUCCUCAAUGGUGCUACCCAUACUAAAAUGGCAUUUUGGCCACUAGAGGUUUCUAUCAUUCUCUAUGGUGGUGAUCUUGGUUGGGACGGUGUCGCCUAAUUCUCCUAACCUGAUAAGAGUAAGUCACCGGAAGUGGCGUUAAAAGUGUUUCUCGAUCAAGGUUGAACAUAAAUUAGCGCCACAGCAGCAACAUUAAGACUUCCGGUUUUGGGAUUUUGCACACUAACACUGUAAGAAUGCUGUUAUUUGACUGUUACAUACAAAAUAUAUUUUUUGCACCUUUGCAUAAUGUUAUUAUGUAAAAAAAAUUAUAACUACAUGGGGGAAAAUCUCAAAUAAAGAGAAUUACUGAUUUAAAUGUAUCAGGUGCAACUGGCUCAUCAUCAUUAGGUUAAUCUAGGUUGUUAACAGGUCUGCCAGUUCACCGUUGACGUUGUGUUGUUUAAGUAACUAAUCACCUAUAGGCCUGCAUUGCAGUGAAUAGAGUGGGUGGAGUAGAAAGUACUGCUGGGCAUUUAGACCUCACUCCCCCAUGAAAUAACACUAUGUAGAGAUUCCACAGACCCUAGUGAGCAAUCCCAACUCCACUUACUUCGGCACCUAGAAUAGUUCUCUCUAUAAGCCUAUAUGUAUUUUAUAUACACUAUCUUGCAUUGGGGGCAUUUAUUUGACUUUGGAACAUGUUUUAAAACCCAAAUGUAAUUCCAAUGUCACUUAAAUAUGAACGAAUAUGAAUCAUUGUUAAUGUUUAGAUAAUCCUUUUUCAUAUUUUAUGAAUAAAUACAGGUUGACACUUCUAUUGCGUGCGGGGCUUAUAAUUAGAACGUUUCUGAAAUUCUGUGACCCGGAAGUACUUUUUUUGUGUUACUGACGAGACGCUGGUUAUUUUUUCGACCUGUUAGGUCGUGAUCUGAGAGCUGGUACGUCUAGCUAGUAGCCACAGUUUUUAUUGUUUUAUGAUUACGUUUUUAUAAAUCCGUAGGUUACUAACGUCAGAAAGAGUUGUAGAUCCAUAUGGUCAAGAAAGGAGUGUGAAUUGUUGAAUUAGUUGUAAAAGUUAUUUUACUGCAUUCUGACUGAUGCAACAACAUGUCAACACAUGUCAAUCGUCCGCUCUUCUGGAUAAUCAGGAGGUACACUGGGGAAUAUCUCCGAAAAUGUAACAUUUUGAACGAGCGAACACUAGGACGAGUUUCCGGUGCUUCUGUCGGUUACAAACAUCACUCAACGGGAGACGCAAAAAACUGUCAUGUCAACAAUGUUCCGAUCAUUUGGAGCGCAGGAGGCGGCAGGGGCAGUGGCUCAGAGCGGACUACUCUCCUCAAGUCAGUUGCUGUUGGGUUGGGACUCGGUAGUGCAGCAGUUCUGCAUUUCAGAGGGGACGAGGAAAACCACGUUUGUGAGAGGAGAGGUCUACUUUGUGAUUCGUUCCUAGAACGUGUCUUGCCAACAGCCCACUGUGCCUCUCCUUUUAAACCCGACAGUCCACGAUUCAAGUUCAACUUUAUUGCGGAUGUGGUGGAAAAAGCUACGCCCGCUGUCGUGUAUAUUGAAAUCGUCGGCCGGCACCCGUUCUCCGGGCGGGAAGUCCCCAUCUCCAACGGUUCUGGGUUCAUUGUCAGCAGUGAUGGGCUCAUAGUCACCAAUGCCCAUGUAGUGGCCAAUAAGAGAGGAGUCCGGGUCAAGCUAACCAAUGGGGAGACGUAUAACGCCACUGUGCAAGAUGUCGAUCAGGUGGCGGACAUAGCCACUAUAAAAAUCAAUGCCCAGCACCCUCUCCCUACCCUCUCUCUGGGGCUGUCGUCGGAUGUGCGUCAGGGGGAGUUUGUGGUUGCCAUGGGCAGCCCGUUUGCCCUGAGGAACACCAUCACAUCAGGUAUCGUCUCUUCAGUUCAGCGGGGCAGCAAGGAGCUGGGUCUGUCCAAACCCAACAUGGACUAUAUCCAGACAGACGCUGCCAUCGAUUUUGGGAAUUCUGGAGGGCCUCUGAUUAAUCUGGACGGUGAGGUGAUCGGCAUCAACACCAUGAAGGUGACGGCAGGGAUCUCCUUCGCGAUCCCCUCGGAUCAUGUCAAACACUUCCUGAACCAAGCUUCCGACAAGAAGAAGUCUCAGUUGGGGGUGUUGGACACCAAGCGGAGAUACAUCGGUGUCAUGAUGCUGACCCUGACUCCAAGUAUCAUUGCCGAGUUGAAGCUGAGGGACCCCUCCUUCCCUGAUGUCACUUACGGGAUCAUGAUCCACCGGGUCAUCAUGGGCUCUCCAGCCAACAGGGCAGGUAUGAAGCCAGGUGACAGUGUCGUUAUAACCCUCCACAGGGCAGGUAUGAAGCUAGGUGAUGGUGUCGUUAUAACACUCCACAGGGCAGGUAUGAAGCCAGGUGAUAGUGUCGUUAUAACCCUCCACAGGGCAGGUAUGACGCUAGGUGACAGUGUCGUUAUAACCCUCCACAGGGCAGGUAUGAAGCCAGGUGACAGUGUCGUUAUAACCCUCCACAGGGCAGGUAUGAAGCUAGGUGAUAGUGUCGUUAUAACCCUCCACAGGGCAGGUAUGAAGCCAGGUGACAGUGUCGUUAUAACCCUCCACAGGGCAGGUAUGAAGCCAGGUGAGUGUUGUUAUAACCCUCCACAGGGCAGGUAUGAAGCCAGGUGACAGUGUCGUUAUAACCCUCCACAGGGCAGGUAUGAAGCCAGGUGAUAGUGUCGUUAUAACCCUCCACAGGGCAGGUAUGAAGCCAGGUGAGUGUCGUUAUAACCCUCCACAGGGCAGGUAUGAAGCCAGGUGAGUGUCGUUAUAACCCUCCACAGGGCAGGCAUGACGUUAGGUGAGUGUCAUUAUAACCCUCCACAGGGCAGGUAUGAAGCUAGGUGAUAGUGUUGUUAUAACCCUCCACAGGGCAGGUAUGAAGCUAGGUGAGUUUCGUUAUAACCCUCCACAGGGCAGGUAUGAAGCCAGGUGAGUGUUGUUAUAACCCUCCACAGGGCAGGUAUGAAGCCAGGUGACAGUGUCGUUAUAACCCUCCACAGGGCAGGUAUGAAGCCAGGUGAUAGUGUCGUUAUAACCCUCCACAGGGCAGGUAUGAAGCCAGGUGAGUGUCGUUAUAACCCUCCACAGGGCAGGUAUGAAGCCAGGUGAGUGUCGUUAUAACCCUCCACAGGGCAGGUAUGAAGCCAGGUGAGUGUCGUUAUAACCCUCCACAGGGCAGGCAUGACGUUAGGUGAGUGUCAUUAUAACCCUCCACAGGGCAGGUAUGAAGCUAGGUGAUAGUGUUGUUAUAACCCUCCACAGGGCAGGUAUGAAGCUAGGUGAGUUUCGUUAUAACCCUCCACAGGGCAGGUAUGAAGCCAGGUGACGGUGUCGUUAUAACCCUCCACAGGGCAGCUAUGAAGCCAGGUGAGUGUCGUUAUAACCCUCCACAGGGCAGGUAUGAAGCCAGGUGACAGUGUCGUUAUAACCCUCCACAGGGCAGGUAUGAAGCUAGGUGAUGGUGUCGUUAUAACCCUCCACAGGGCAGGUAUGAAGCCAGGUGACAGUGUCGUUAUAACCCUCCACAGGGCAGGUAUGAAGCCAGGUGAUAGUGUCGUUAUAACCCUCCACAGGGCAGGUAUGAAGCCAGGUGAUAGUGUCGUUAUAACCCUCCACAGGGCAGGUAUGAAGCCAGGUGACAGUGUCGUUAUAACCCUCCACAGGGCAGGUAUGAAGCCAGGUGAGUGUCGUUAUAACCCUCCACAGGGCAGGUAUGAAGCUAGGUGAGUGUCGUUAUAACCCUCCACAGGGCAGGUAUGAAGCCAGGUGACAGUGUCGUUAUAACCCUCCACAGGGCAGGUAUGAAGCCAGGUGAGUGUCGUUAUAACCCUCCACAGGGCAGGUAUGAAGCUAGGUGAUAGUGUUGUUAUAACCCUCCACAGGGCAGGUAUGAAGCUAGGUGAGUGUCGUUAUAACCCUCCACAGGGCAGGUAUGAAGCCAGGUGACAGUGUCGUUAUAACCCUCCACAGGGCAGGUAUGAAGCUAGGUGAUGGUGUCGUUAUAACACUCCACAGGGCAGGUAUGAAGCCAGGUGAUAGUGUCGUUAUAACCCUCCACAGGGCAGGUAUGACGCUAGGUGACAGUGUCGUUAUAACCCUCCACAGGGCAGGUAUGAAGCCAGGUGACAGUGUCGUUAUAACCCUCCACAGGGCAGGCAUGACGUUAGGUGAGUGUCAUUAUAACCCUCCACAGGGCAGGUAUGAAGCUAGGUGAUAGUGUUGUUAUAACCCUCCACAGGGCAGGUAUGAAGCUAGGUGAUAGUGUUGUUAUAACCCUCCACAGGGCAGGUAUGAAGCUAGGUGAGUGUCGUUAUAACCCUCCACAGGGCAGGUAUGAAGCCAGGUGACAGUGUCGUUAUAACCCUCCACAGGGCAGGUAUGAAGCUAGGUGAUGGUGUCGUUAUAACACUCCACAGGGCAGGUAUGAAGCCAGGUGAUAGUGUCGUUAUAACCCUCCACAGGGCAGGUAUGACGCUAGGUGACAGUGUCGUUAUAACCCUCCACAGGGCAGGUAUGAAGCCAGGUGACAGUGUCGUUAUAACCCUCCACAGGGCAGGCAUGACGUUAGGUGAGUGUCAUUAUAACCCUCCACAGGGCAGGUAUGAAGCUAGGUGAUAGUGUUGUUAUAACCCUCCACAGGGCAGGUAUGAAGCUAGGUGAGUUUCGUUAUAACCCUCCACAGGGCAGGUAUGAAGCCAGGUGAGUGUUGUUAUAACCCUCCACAGGGCAGGUAUGAAGCCAGGUGACAGUGUCGUUAUAACCCUCCACAGGGCAGGUAUGAAGCCAGGUGAUAGUGUCGUUAAAACCCUCCACAGGGCAGGUAUGAAGCCAGGUGAUAGUGUCGUUAUAACCCUCCACAGGGCAGGUAUGAAGCCAGGUGAGUGUCGUUAUAACCCUCCACAGGGCAGGUAUGAAGCCAGGUGAGUGUCGUUAUAACCCUCCACAGGGCAGGUAUGAAGCUAGGUGAGUUUCGUUAUAACCCUCCACAGGGCAGGUAUGAAGCCAGGUGAUAGUGUCGUUAUAACCCUCCACAGGGCAGCUAUGAAGCCAGGUGAGUGUCGUUAUAACCCUCCACAGGGCAGGUAUGAAGCCAGGUGACAGUGUCGUUAUAACCCUCCACAGGGCAGGUAUGAAGCUAGGUGAUGGUGUCGUUAUAACCCUCCACAGGGCAGGUAUGAAGCCAGGUGACAGUGUCGUUAUAACCCUCCACAGGGCAGGUAUGAAGCCAGGUGAUAGUGUCGUUAUAACCCUCCACAGGGCAGGUAUGAAGCCAGGUGAUAGUGUCGUUAUAACCCUCCACAGGGCAGGUAUGAAGCCAGGUGACAGUGUCGUUAUAACCCUCCACAGGGCAGGUAUGAAGCCAGGUGAGUGUCGUUAUAACCCUCCACAGGGCAGGUAUAAAGCCAGGUGAGUGUCGUUAUAACCCUCCACAGGGCAGGUAUGAAGCCAGGUGAGUCGUUAUAACCCUCCACAGGGCAGGUAUGAAGCCAGGUGAGUGUCGUUAUAACCCUCCACAGGGCAGGCAUGACGUUAGCUGACAGUGUCGUUAUAACCCU